GGUCUGGAAUCGGUGUGGAUCUCAAAUUGGCAUGCGUGACGUCAAAAAGCAGACUGCCACGAGCACGAGGCUCCACGUCGGUCCUUUUCGGAAGUUUGGCGUUUGCGCUUCACGCAGAGCAGCAAGAUCAGAUCUCCUCACGCGCGGCUCCGGGCCCGCAAGAAGGGAGAAUGUCAAGCAAGCGCGCGAUGGAGCCAGCCCUGCGGAGAGUCACAGGAACCUCCAAGCGUUUCCGGGGCCCUUGUUCGGAUCGCCGACACCGUCCGUAUGCAGACCCAGACUGGCUGACGCAAGAUCUCCGGCUUCUAACCGCAUCAAAGCCGCCCCCAAGGGAUGAGCUGGAAACAGACGGCUGAUGGUACCUGCGCGAGGCGCUAACGUGAGCUGAAGUCCCCAACCAUCCUCAUCCCUCAUGCUCUGUGUGCUGAUUGCUGCCGCGGAAAAUCCCACAGCCAGCCGUGAUCGUCAUCGUCGAUUCCAUGCUGGGCUC